AUGCCGCCAGACUCCAUCUCUAAACGCGAGCUAGCCAACGCAAGUCGUCGCGUCGCAAACAUGACCCCUUCGCAGAUUGAGAGCAAGCGCUCCAUUGACCGAGAGAAUCAGCGCUAUUGCCGCGCCAAGCGCAAGACCAAGCUUGAGCAGUUGCAACAGCACGUUGAGGCUCUGACAAGAGAACUCGAGGCCACAAGACGAGAACUGCAGGGGUCGCAGGCGAGGGAGAAAUCUUGGUCGGAUACUUUUACUGCGUUGAGGUUGCUUCCGCCUGCAGUAACAGAAGAGGAAAAGGGUGUUGAGUGGAUUGAAGACGAGGUGGAAGAAGAUGUUCUCCAGCCGUAUGGAACGCUUCCUUCACUUGACUAUGAUCCAAGUCUCAGCUCAUACGCCGACUUUGACCUACCUCCUCUCGACUCAAGUCUCUCAGAUACAUCCUGGGACCUCGACAUACCACCAACCCCAGUCUACAACUACACCCAACCCCUCGGAUCCCCAUCAAGACCACUCCCCUGGUCCAACCACUUCAACUUCAACAUCCCUCAAUCCUCUCCAGUCUGGAAAUCCAUCCCCCUCCUCCUCUCAGCAACAACCCAACUCGACGUGGUAAUCCUCACAACAACUGAUACAUUCCGUCGCCACGGCCUCCGCCAAACAACAGCACCCUUUCCAAGCAUCUCGUCACUCUUUCGAGCAGGAAAACCACCAGACCCACAGAGCUGUUCUAUUUCAGACGCCGCAGCCGCACAGGUUCAACGUUCGCCCUUGCAAUCUCUCCUCCCGCGCGUGGGCUUCCUGUUUGUUCUUUCGCAUCUAUUGCGUUGGUACAUUUGUCGCACAAAAGAGAGCUAUGAACAACUCCCGGCCUUUAUACGGCCUACCAAAUUACAGACGAGUGUGCCGCAUCCGGCGUGGAUCGACGUGAUAAUCUGGCCUCAAGUCCGCGAUGCAGUAAUCCAACAAAUGGACUGGUCCCGCUUCAACGAAUACCGCGCCAUAGUCUCAAAGUCCCUCAACGUAAAUUGGCCACACACCGACCCACGAUCAAUCCUCGAGCCCUGCGAAGACGGCCGCAGCUACCGCCUGAGUUCAGUAUUUGAGAAGCACAUCAGCACACCUGAGAACUGGAGUGUGGACAAAGAAGCAGGAGAGGUGUUUCCGUUUUUAAAACCUGUCUGCAGGGAGGGUGUGUCUACGUGA